AUGCAAUUGGGCUACUUUGUAGAAUUUGGGGGAACGGUAUGCUUCUUUCAAAAUACGUCCUGGAAAGUUGUAUUUGAUCUGCCGAUCUUCCUGGAAAGUGAGGAGUCUCCUGGCAACGUUUAUGAUUUCUUAGCUCUUGAGAAUCAUAUAGAAGAGAAAGUGGUGCUAGAAGUUAACAGUGAAUUUAUUGUUGAGGUGAAAGAAUUAGACAUAGAAAAUGGCACUACAAAAUGGCAGACUGUCAGAAGACAAAAGCGAGAGUGGAUCAAAUUUGCUGCAGCAUGCAGAGAAGGAGAAGACAACUCGAAGAGGAAUCCGAUUGCCAAAAUUCGAUCCGACUGUGAAGUGAGCCAGAAAAUUACAUAUCGCAUUUCUGGGGUGGGGAUUGAUCGACCACCUUAUGGAGUGUUCACCAUUAAUCCCCGGACUGGAGAAAUUAACAUCACUUCAGUGGUGGACAGAGAGAUAACUCCAAUUUUUUUGAUCUACUGCCGGGCUCUGAAUUCACGGGGUGAAGAUUUAGAAAGUCCUCUUGAGCUCAGAGUCAAAGUUAUGGACAUAAAUGAUAAUCCACCAGUGUUUACACAGAAUGUCUACACAGCUUGUAUUGAAGAAAACAGUGAUGCAAACACACUGGUAGUAAAGUUAAGUGCCACGGAUGCAGAUGAAGACAAUCACCUGAAUUCUAAAAUUGCCUACAAAAUCAUCUCUCAGGAGCCUGCAGGUGCACCCAUGUUCAUUCUGAACAGAUACACAGGAGAAGUUCGCACAAUGUCCAAUUUUCUUGACAGAGAGAAACACAGUAUGUAUAAUCUCCUUGUGAGUGGAUCCGAUCGAGAUGGGGCUACUGAUGGACUCUCAGCCAACUGCGACUGUAGAAUCAAGGUUUUGGAUGUCAAUGAUAAUUUCCCCACCCUGGAAAAGACUUCAUACUCAGCAAGUAUUGAAGAAAAUUGUUUAAAUUCAGAACUGAUACGAUUACAAGCAAUUGAUCUGGAUGAAGAAGGCACUGAUAAUUGGUUGGCAGAGUAUCUAAUUCUCUCUGGAAAUGAUGGAAAUUGGUUCGAUAUUCAAACAGACCCAAAAACUAAUGAAGGCAUUUUAAAAGUUGUUAAGAUGCUGGAUUAUGAGCAAAUGCCCAAUGUUCAUCUUAGUAUUGGGGUUAAAAACCAAGCUGAAUUUCACCACUCCGUUGCCUCUCAAUUCCGAAUGCAACCAACUCCUGUGAGGAUUCAGGUUAUUAAUGUGAGAGAAGGGCCCACAUUUCAGCCAAACUCUAUGACCUUCAGUGUGCGAGAAGGAAUAAGAGGUGAUUCCUUAUUGAAUCAUGUGCUUGGCACCUACCCAGCUAUAGAUUUGGAUACAGGAAAUCCUGCAACAAAUGUCAGAUAUAUCAUAGGACACGAUGCAGGCAGCUGGCUAAAAGUUGAUUCAAGGACCAGUGAAAUACAAUUUUCUAGGGAAUUUGAUAAGAAAUCAAAAUAUAUCACUAAUGGGAUAUACACAGCAGAGAUUCUGGCUAUAGAUGAUGGCUCUGGGAAAACGGCUACGGGAACCAUAUGUGUUGAGGUUCCUGAUGUCAAUGACUACUGUCCAAUCGUUUUUACGGAAAGUAGUACCAUCUGCAUUGCUUCUCCAUCAGUUCUUAUCUCUGCAAAAGGCAUUAUUGACCAUUCUUACGGGUCUCCAUUUACUUUUUGUGUUAUUGAUCAGCCACCAGGGACAAGUGACUCAUGGAAUAUUAACUCCGUAAAUUCUACCUCUGCAAUUCUUACAGCCAGGCAGCCUUUAUUUCCUGAUUUUUAUCACAUACCGAUCUUGGUGAAGGACAACUUUAAUAGGGAAUGUGAAUUGCCACAGAUCAUGACAUUAUAUGCCUGCGAUUGUGAUAGCAGUAUCUGUUUGUACAGUAGUACCACCAACAUAUACUCUGGUGACAGCUCUGCUACCAGUGGGUUUGGUGUUGAGGAUCAAAGUGGAGAAUCAAAUGUUGGGCUCGGCUCCGCAGCGAUUGGCAUGAUUAUUCUGGGCCUUUUAUUGCUUCUUCUGUCACCUCUCUUGCUGCUCAUGUGUUGCUGUAAAAGAAGGCGACCAGAAGGACUGGGAACAAGGUUUGCUCCUGUGCCAGAAGGGGGAGAAGGAGUGAUGCAGUCUUGGAGAAUAGAAGGGGCGCAUCCGGAAGACAGGGAUGUCUCAAAUAUAUGUGUACCAGUAACAGCUUCUAAUACCCAGGAACGUAUAGAUUCUUCUGAAAUUUACACUAACACCUAUGCGGGUGGAGCAAUGGUUGAAGGGGGUGCAUCAGGAGUGGAACUCAACACAGGUGUUGGAAUGGCUACUGGCCUUGUGGCAGGAGGAGCUGCAGGAACAAUGAGGAGGAGGAGUUCAACCAUAGGAACCCUUCGGGAAUAUGCAGAGUCAGGCGUGAACAUGGUUUUCUUGGACAGCUAUUUCUCUGAGAAAGCAUAUGCUUAUGCUGAUGAAGAUGAAGGUCGACCAGCAAAUGACUGCUUGCUCAUUUAUGAUCAUGAGGGAGUAGGUUCUCCUGUGGGCUCCAUUGGUUGUUGCAGUUGGAUUGUGGAUGACUUAGACGAGAACUACAUGGAAACUUUAGAUCCAAAAUUUAGGACUCUUGCCGAAAUCUGCUUAGACACAGAAAUUGAGCCAUUUCCUUCACACCAAGCCUGUAUACCUAUCAGUACUGAUCUCCCUUUGCUUGGACCUAACUACUUUGUUAAUGAAUCUUCAGGAAUGACUCUCUCAGAGGCUGAAUUCCAGGCAGAAAUGGCAAUACCUGAGUCCAUGAUUCAUGGGGAUAUUAUAGUAACUGAGACAUACACUACUGCUGAUCAGUGUGUCCAGCCCACUACAAUUGUUUUUGAUCCUCAACUUGCACCCAAUGUAGUAGUAACUGAAACAGUAAUGGCACCCGUCUAUGAUGUUCAAGGGAAUAUUUGCAUACCUGCUGAGUUAGCCAACACACACAAUGUAAUCUAUGCUGAGAGAGUAUUGUCUAGUCCUGGUAUGGCUGGCAUGAGCAGUAGUAGCAUGACUGAUGGUUGUAUGGGACCUGUGAUGAGUGGUAGUAUUUUGGUAGGGCCUGAAAUUCAAGUGACACAAAUGGUCAAUCCAGAUAUCCACAUAAGCCAAACCACUGGCUCCACAUCGCCAAUGACUUCUCAACAUAGGGUAGCACAAUAUAGCAGCAUACAUUACUCCCAACAGUAA